CAUUGGCUCUGCUGUCGCCGGCGUCGCCAUAAAUGCCUUUCCCCAGAGUCCCCCGGCCUCCUCAGCAGAGAUACCUUUCAGCCGGGCGGGCGAGCGCCAGUGGCAUUUGCUUCGGGUUCCUGAGAGACGCGCACUCCAGCCAGGCUCGUGUGUGGCGCUGCUGUCUUUCCCCCCAACCGUUUGGCUGUAUCCGAGGGAAAUUCGAGUAUCGCCGACCGAACGUGCAUCUGCUGAAUGGUCCCAGGGUGGUCAUGAACCAGGCCCCGGACCCCCGUGGCCCCGAGCAAUCUGAGAGAGAUGCCCGAAGCUCGGCUAAUUUCCCGCCGACUGCCGGUGGCGGUCCCGUUAGGGGGAUGCCUCAGACGCCCGGCCUGCCCCAACUCGUGCAAAAUGCUGCCAAACUUCUGGACAAGAAUAUAUUUACUGUCAACACCGCAAAUCCACUGCUUCCUUCUUCUGCAAGUCUUCAUUUGGCUCAGCUUCAGGCACAGCUUACACUACACAGACUAAAAUUGGCUCAGACAGCAGUGAACAACAACACAGCAGCUGCAACUGUCCUGAACCAGGUUCUUUCUAAAGUGGCCAUGUCUCAGCCACUUUUCAAUCAAUUAAGACACCCUUCCAUGUUUAAUACUCUUCCAGGACAUGCUGUAGGUCCUGGGGCCACCAAUACUAGAUUUCCACCUGGUGGAAUACAUUUUCCAACACAGAACCCAUCUUUGACGGCCCAUGGUGGAACUCUGGGGUCAGUAAGUAACCUUCCAAAUCAAAAUGUCAGUACUGUAGUCCUAAACCCUUUUGGGGGUGUAAUUUCUCAAACAACUGGACAACAAGCUGUAUCUAUGGGUCUAAAUAAAACUAGUGCCUCCUCUACCACAAGUGGAUGUUAUGAUUACAAUGAACAGCUUUUCUCCUCUGAUGCUGGUCAAUGCUGCCAACAGAGCUUUAUAACCAGUGGUUCUCAUCCAGUCCCAGUGUCAUCUGGAAAUGGAAUGUCUGAAGGCCAACUGGGAUUUCAGAAAGAGUUUUAUGGAGCUAUGUCUAAAGGCCAGCAUACAACCUGUACACAGUCUUUGACAUCUGCUGCUGACUCUCAAAAUUCUCAUCAGAAUCAAAAAGGAAAAAUGGGUUCUAUAGUACAUGAAAGAGAUACAAGCAAUCAAUGGGAAAAUCCUUCUACUUUCUCUAGUCAAAAUAAAAUUGACAUUAUGCCCAAUGCCAAUGUGUGGCCAUCAACAAAUGUCCCAUACGAAGUAAGGAGUGAUCUCUAUAACCCUGAAGAACCAACACCAGAUACAAAAUUUAGCACUGGUACUCCAUGUUUUUUCAGCAGAACUAAAAAUGGUAAACAAAAUUACAGUAACACACAAACAAGACAGAAACAGGAACCUGUUACUUCUGGAUUGCCAGUGAGGCCUCUUCAGUCCCAUGAAUUAAAUGACUUUCAUAGUAUUGCACCUCUUAGCUUCCCACACAUUUGUACAUUAUGCAGUAAGAAGGUAUUUGACCUUAAGGACUGGGAUCAGCACAUUAAAGGAAAUCUUCAUAUUCAGAAUUGCUUGACUUUCUCAGAGAACACUAACAUACAUUGUAUGUUGCAUUCAGCAGCAAAAGGAGUAUUGCAUUCUUCCUCUCCAAAUAAUAAAAGUGUGUUCAAUGUGUCUGGUACUGAAGAUUACCCUUUAAAUGCUGAGUCAUACAAUUCUACAUCUUCAUUUGGCCAGUCAAGUUCCACAUUCUCUUACGUACCACCUGGUGGAAAUGUUCUACAAAGGAAAUAUGUCCCAGGUCGUGUAGUACACAUCUGUAAUCUUCCUGAAGGAAGCUGUACAGAGAAUGAUGUAAUCAACCUUGGACUUCCCUUCGGAAAAGUCACUAAUUAUAUUCUCAUGAAAUCUACCAAUCAGGCUUUUUUAGAGAUGGCCUAUACUGAAGCAGCACAGGCUAUGGUGGAAUAUUAUAAAGAGAAACCUGCAAUGAUAAAUGAUGACAAGUUACUCAUAAGAAUGUCUAAAAGAUAUAAAGAACUUCAACUAAAGAAACCAGGAAAGAAUGUGGCAGCAAUAAUACAAAAUAUCCAUUCUCAAAGAGAAAGAGAUAUGUUGAGAGAAGCAGACAGAUAUGGACAGGAAAGGCCUCGAUCCCGCAGCCCCAUAAACUGCUCACUUUCUCCAAGAUCACGGACUCCAAGCUUCACUUCCUGUAGUUCUCCCCGUAGCCCAUUAAGCACAAACCGAACAGAGUGGGGAAAUGGAAGAGAGCCAAGGGAUCAGUUUCCUUAUUCUCAGAGAGAGGAAGAUAAAGAAUUACUGCCAUGGAGAGAGAAUGUGGAAGAGAAAAGAGAUCGGAGUGACAUGUGGACUCAUGAAAGAAAACAUUAUUUACGGCACCCGGACUUGGAAGACCAUGUUGAAUCAACCCGAGGGCACAAAGAAAAAUAUUUAAGAGGGGGCUCACCUAGUGCAAAAGGGGCUUACCUUUUGCCUGCGUAUAAGAUGAGAGAAGAAGAUUGUUACAGAAAGUCAUCUAAGCAAAAGUCCAAUAAAUAUCAAAACCAAACAUUGGAUUUUGCUUUGAAGGGCAAAAGAAAGGAAGAGACAAGAUUGAGAGAACAUAAACAUUCUCAUUGUGAAGACACAGCUAAGGAGGAAACAGCAGAACAAAAGUCCAUCAUGAUGCCUGACACUAUCAGGCAAAAGCAAAGCAAUGAAGAGAAAUUAAAAGAAAAUGCUAAAAAGGCAGAGGACAUGACACCUGGUAUAGUUGAAAGAAAUAAUGUAAAGAAAGGAAAAGAAAAUGAAAAUGAGCAGGACUGGGAGAGUGGAAGUGACAUGGAAGCGGAAACUUGGUAUCCAACCAAUAUGGAAGAGCUUGUAACUGUUGAUGAGGUAGGAGAGGAUGAUCUUAUUAUGGAACCCGAUAUAACUGAACUUGAAGAAAUAAUAACUGUAAGUCAGGAAGAAGAAGAAUGUUCCAUAAGGACUGCCUUAGCUGCUGGAUUGGAGGUAAAGAAUGAACACAGUUUAUUAAGUACAAAGGAAGACAAAUCUAAUAUAUUGGAAGCCACCAUAAGAUCAGAGAAAGAAAAUGCAGAUGUAAGUGACUCUGAAGGUGAUAAUAGAGUGACUAAAGCAACCCAUCUAAACUUUGAUACUGAAGAUAAACCAGAUGAAUUGCAUGAAAGUAAAUCUGAAGAAGAUUCGGAUCAGCAUGAUAAUGACAGAAAAAUAGAUGAAAGUUCUAAUAUUCAGUUAAAGUUGGAGAAGCAGUACAUAUCUUCAGAUCCUCCAAAGGAAGAGCCCUUACAGCAGAGUGAUACAGUUGUAGAUGAUUAUAAAGAGAUAGAAACUUUGGAAAGCAGGAAUAAUGAAGAUAAAGAUAUCCUGGCAAAAAACUCUCAAGAAGAAAGAAAUUGUGGAAGUGAGGAAAAGCCAAAGACUCAAACAAAUUGUAGGUAUACAGAAAUAAAAACUCCUGAUUUCCCAGAAGCUGAAUCAAAAAAGUCGUAUUUUUCACCACCGUGGGAACAAGAUGAUGUAUUUACAGAGCUCAACAUUCCACUAGGGGUGGAAUUUGUUGUUCCCAGAACUGGCUACUACUGCAAACUUUGUGGACUUUUUUACACAAAUGAAGAUGCAGCAAAAAUUCAUCAUUGUAGAAGUACUGUUCACUAUAAAAAUCUGCAGAAAUACUUAUCACAGCUUGCAGAAGAGAAUCUGAAGAUGAAUGAAAAAGAAAACAGCUCAGCCCAAGAUGAUACAGGGAUUGUCCCACACUUCGAGGAGAAAAAGCUAUGAUUUUUUUUUAUCGAAUUGGAAACUUGCUGAUUUGUUUGCUGUUCUCAAUGAUGCACCUUUAGUUUGCACUUUGCCAAAGAAAGUAAAUCAUAAUUAACUUUUUCUGGCAGCUACACUAAGAGCACCAUUAAAAAUAUAAUCCCUGCAAUAUAAUAAAGCACAAGUGACAAUA